AUGGGGGAGUACUCAAUAAUCGCAAUGAACGGUGGAGAGGGCCCCAACAGUUACACCCACAAUUCCAAGCAACAGAGAAAGGGAUCAUAUCGUGCAAAGGUCUUAUUAAGCAAUAGCAUCCAAGAGAAGCUAACAGUCGAAAACAAAUUGAAUACUGCAAACCAACAAGUCUUCAGAAUUGCGGAUCUUGGAUGUUCAGUUGGACCCAACACCUUUGCCUCUGUCCAAACAAUAAUAGAAGCAACGGAGCUUACUUUCAAAACCCAGAUUCUCGAGUAUAAACCGCCUGAAUUCCAUGUGUUCUUCAAUGAUCAUGUUCCUGAGGAAGUGACAGAAGAGAACUCUUCCGCAUGGAAUAAGGGGAGAAUUAGCUACGUGGGUAGUUCUUCUGAAGUUGUGAAGGCUUACACAGAACAAUUUGUUAGGAGGGUUUCUUCAGAGCAAGGGCUGUAG